GAGAGACGGAGGAGAGACCCGAGGAACUGACUAGCUGAGGAGACGGGCCGGGCUGGACUGGAUCUGGUCUGGGAUGUAGCAGGUUGACCCGCCCAUGCCCCAGUGCCCGGCCGGAGCCGGAGCCGGAGCCGGAGCCGGAGCCGGGGGAUGUGGCGGGGGCCUUGAGCGCCGCCCGCACCCCCUGCCCGGAACCAGGCCCGCAGCCUUCGGCAUGCAGUCCCGGCUGCGGAGGUGACAUCCCGGAGUCGAGGAAUUGACCCCGCGGCGGCGGCCGCCUCCUCCGCCACUAUGGAUGAACAGGAGGCAUUGAAUUCAAUCAUGAAAGAUUUGGUGGCUCUCCAGAUGGGCCGACGUCACAGGCUGCCUGGCUUUGAGACCAUGAAGAACAAAGAUACUGGCCACCCAAAUAGACAGAAAAAACAUAACAGCAGCAGCUCAGCCCUCUUGAACAGUCCCACAAUAACAACAAGCCUAUGUGCAGGGGCCAGUGAAGAAAAGAAAAUUUCGAGUGACGUAAGGAUCAAGUUUGAGCACAGUGGGGAAAGGCGAAUUAUACCAUUUAGCCGCCCUGUGAGAUAUGAAGAUGUGGAACAGAAGGUGAAGACAGCAUUUGGGCAACCUCUAGUUCUCCAUUAUAUGAAUAAUGAGCUCUCCAUCCUCCUGAAAAAUCAAGAUGAUCUUGAUAAAGCAAUUGAUCUUUUGGAUAGAAGCUCGAGUAUGAAAAGCCUUAGAAUAUUGCUGCUGUCCCAGGAUAGAAACCAUACUAAUUCCUCCCCGCAUCUUGGAGUGCCCAAGCAGGUCCGGAUCAAAGCUUCUCAGUCUAUGGGGGAUGUAAAUACCAUCUAUCAGCCACCAGAGCCCAGAAGCAGGCAUCUCUCUGUCAGCUCCCAGAACCCUGGCCGAAGCUCACCUCCCCCAGGUUAUGUGCCAGAACGUCAACAGCGCAUCGCACGACAGGGAUCUUACACCAGUAUUAACAGUGAAGGGGAAUUUAUUCCAGAGACUAGUGAACAAUGUAUGCUGGAUCCUCUAAGCAGUGCUGAGAACUCCGUGUCAGGAAGUUGUCAAUCCUUGGACAGAUCAGCAGAUAGUCCCUCCUUUCGGAAAUCUCGGAUGUCUAGAGCCCAGAGUUUCCCAGAUAACAGACAAGAAUAUUCAGAUCGUGACACUCAGCUCUAUGACAAAGGGGUAAAAGGUGGAACAUAUCCCCGUCGUUACCAUGUCUCUGUUCACCACAAGGACUACAAUGAUGGCCGGAGAACAUUUCCCCGAAUAAGACGUCAUCAAGGGAACCUGUUCACAUUGGUCCCCUCCAGUCGUUCCCUGAGCACAAAUGGAGAGAACCUGGGACUGGCAGUGCAAUACCUGGACCCUCGAGGGCGUCUGUGGAAUGCAGACAGCGAAAAUGCUCUCACUGUACAGGAGAGGAAUGUGCCCACCAAGUCUCCAAGUGCUCCCAUAAAUUGGCGUCGGGGGAAACUCCUGGGUCAGGGUGCUUUUGGCCGAGUCUACCUGUGCUAUGAUGUGGAUACUGGACGAGAGCUUGCUUCUAAGCAGGUUCAGUUUGAUCCAGACAGUCCUGAAACAAGCAAGGAGGUAAGUGCCCUUGAGUGUGAAAUCCAGUUGUUGAAGAAUUUGCAGCAUGAUCGCAUCGUGCAGUACUACGGCUGUCUCCGUGAUCGCUCUGAGAAGACCCUGACCAUCUUUAUGGAGUACAUGCCAGGGGGCUCAGUGAAAGACCAGCUGAAGGCAUAUGGUGCUCUAACUGAGAGUGUGACCCGUAAAUACACACGGCAGAUCCUUGAAGGCGUCUCCUACCUGCACAGCAAUAUGAUUGUGCAUCGAGACAUCAAAGGAGCCAACAUCCUCCGUGAUUCUGCUGGGAAUGUGAAGCUUGGGGAUUUUGGGGCCAGCAAACGAUUACAGACCAUCUGUAUGUCAGGGACAGGGAUUCGUUCCGUCACAGGCACCCCAUACUGGAUGAGCCCAGAGGUGAUAAGUGGAGAAGGCUAUGGAAGGAAAGCAGACGUGUGGAGCUUGGGCUGCACUGUGGUAGAGAUGCUGACAGAGAAGCCUCCAUGGGCAGAAUACGAGGCCAUGGCUGCCAUCUUCAAAAUUGCCACGCAGCCCACCAACCCCCAGCUGCCCUCCCACAUCUCUGAGCACGGCCGGGACUUCCUGCGGCGCAUCUUUGUGGAGGCCCGCCAGAGGCCUUCGGCUGAGGAACUGCUCACACACCACUUUGCACAGCUCGUGUACUGAGCUCUCGCACCACACUGAUGUUGGACCUCGGCUCCCCGGGGGAGGCUCCCAGGAGGCACUUGGGGAGGCUGCUGCUUCUCCCUCCCAGGUCUGACUGCCCCAGAGCUCAGGCCGUCUUUCCCUCUGUCCAUCUGUCACUCCCUUCUUCCUGGGUAGCUGCAGAGCCAGAGAAGGGUGGGCAGCUCCAUGCUCAUCAGAUUGGAGGGAGCCUGGGCUCAGAGAGGGCCACGGAUAUCUGGAUUGCUCUGGCCUUCAGAGCUCCUCGGGUCUCUUCCCUUCCCCCGCACCCUCCCUCUGAGCUGCAUUCCCUCGCUCUGUCUUGGGCACCAGGGCUCACAUUGGUGCUGAGGACACACUGGCUUGGAAGGAUGUGAAUAGUGUUAUUUUUAUUCAGAGUGUUACUUUGUUUCCUCUCCCAGUGUCUGGAGACACCUGAGCCUGCCGGGGCUCUCUUGGGGCAGAGUCUGCUGUUCCUCCAGAGCGGGGGUGGAGGCUGGUGCUGCCCCUGUCCCCGGGGAAGACUCCGGGCCAGGUUUGCCAAUCCCACCUCGUUACCAAAGAUGGACAAAACGCUCUGCUGCCUUAUUUAGGGAGAGGGGCUGCCUGCCCUGCCCCGAGAUGCGCACCUUCCCACCCCCUCCCUGCAGGAUCUGAGAGAAGUUGCUGCUGGAGGGGAGGGGGUGUCGGAGAGAUGGCACAGUCUUUGUCAAUGCAAUUGUCCCUGUUUUACAAGGCCGGCUGGGGUCCUCUCUCUAGGGUAGCUCCCUCUUUCUGGGUCGGUGCCUCUUCUCCCCUCCCCCAGGGCUGUUGUGGAGCAGAGAUUCAGAGGGUAAGUUGGGCCCAGGCAGGAGCUAGAAGUGCCAGGCUGCCGGGCUCCAGCCCUUCUCGGAGAGCAGCGGCCGCCCUGUACGCUUCUUUUCCCACUCAGGAGCCAGGGGUGGCUCAGUAGGGCCAUAAUAACUUGCUUUCUGAGGCUCCUGAGAAGAGCUCUUCCGCAAAUCUAGGAAAAAUGAAAUUUCAGGAUAAAAUGGGUUAGUGGCUCUGCUGGGAAAGCGCCACGCUGGCCUGGGGCAUGGCAGGGCCCAGGUGCUGCUGCCAUCUGUGCUCAGAGCCCCGGCGCCAGCGAGGGGCCCUAGUGUUUCUAUGAAGUGAUCCUUGGCCCUUUGCUUUCUUCCCUGGCCUUGAGGGACAAGAGCAGGAAUGGGUUGGGAGGAAUGAUAUCUCUGAGCAGCUUGUCAGCUGUAAAUACCUCAGCCUGGGCUUUGUCCCUUCUUCUCCCCAAAAUGUGCCUAAUGCUAAAGCCCCUCUCCAACACUCAUGUUCCUUAGAAUUUGUCAUUGAACGGAAAGGGAAAAAUGCCAGGUUACAGGGGCUCAUCUCCGGAGACAGACAGGGUGUUAGCGGUCGGCGGCUCGGUGCCCAGCCAUGCCUGUCUCCCCACAGGCACCAUAACAAUCCAAAGCCUUCGUUGUAUGUUGAAGAUGCACUUUUAUGAAUGUAGUUUCUAUCGCUCUUUUUAGCCUUUUCACAUCAUGUAAUGUGAGGCCUUGUACUUGUUAAUUUAUAUCUCAGAUCAUAUUUGAUGGUUUUUAUAUAUAGCAAUUCUAGACUGUUACAGGUGACUGUUGCCUCAAGGGAGAGAAGAGAAAACGAAAGCAGCUGGUUUUGCAGAGAAAUUUGUUGGUGGUUUGUGCCAAAUGGUGCCUAUGGGGCUUGGGCCUCUCUCUCUGUUUCCUUCCCUUUCUGCCCGCUGGGACUCUUGUCCCAACCUCUGGGGCUGGUAAGACAGAUGAUGCCUCCCUCUUACCAACAUCAUCACCAUUUCUACCCCUCGGCUCUGUCCCCACCCGAGGCUUGGACUGGGGACCUUCAUCCUGACCAGAGCUACUUUGUGGUGGCUUGGCUUUUCUCUCUCAGCCUCCAUUCCAUAAAGAGCCUCUCACUUGAGGGGAAUUCCUGCAAUGAAUCCUUCCUCUCCUCUCCUCCCUCAAAAAAAAAAAAUCCUUCCCAACAUAGCUCUAGCCCUUUAUCCAAACACUCCUUGGGAGGAAACAGAACUCAGGCACUGGCAUUGGUGAGACGAUUCUGCAUAUUCCAGGUUCAGACUCUCUCUGGGGUUACAUACCAACCCCACAGUAACUACCUGACAGAAAACUUUAAAAAAAAUUUUUUUAAACCCUGAAACUCUCCUCAUCACCCUCCCCCCAAAAAAACAACACAACACUUGAUUUUUGUGCCAAAAACUGUGGAUAUGCUAGCCCAACAGCCUCAGGAUUGAGCUAUUGCUUAAUUUAUUAUUUUUUAUUAAAUUAUCCAGAAGAAAAACUGUGGGGACAUAGGACUGUCCUGAGCCCUAGGAGUAUCAGGUGCCCUCUGCCCCUUAGCCCUGGCCACUAUGGACUCUGCCAAAGGGCUGGGCGGCUUCAUUGCCAGGUGCCACCAUUUUCUCAUCAUUUAAUAGAGCCUUCCUGCUCUGGGCUGCCAGCAGAGGCCCAGGACUGAGGCUGGUUCUUGGUCACCCUCUUGUGCACAUAUUAGCGGAGGAGCCAAGUGUCUGAAUGUGGAUUGUGCAGAAGAACUUGCAGCCAUAGUUUAUUUUGACUAUAUCCCGACUGAGGGCUUGCAGUGCAAAGCCAGGCCAGUGUAGCGCGUUACUUACAAUAAAAGGAUCAUUUAUACAA